AUGACCCUGGAGCUGUCGUCUGAUUCUCCAAAACCAUCAUCUUCUGAUAUGGCCGCUACAGGAAUGAGCUUCGUGGAGGCCUCAAAGAAGUCCUUCAUGUCUUGGUCGCUUGCAACCCCAUCACAGGCACGAUUCCAUACCCGCUGGGGGAUGUUUUCGCAUGAAGUUUUCUGCUCCUUCGAUGGCUCCUGCUCUUUGAACGGUGUUCCAUGA